AUGAGCAAUAUUACCAGCUUACCAACACACAUCAACUCUUCGACAUAUCAAAAUGCUACGGAAAUCUCCCCUGUGAUCCGUACAAGCUCUUUGGUGAAAGUUACAUUUUGUAUUAUGUUUUCCAUUCUUUCUUUAUGUAUUGUGUUGGGGAAUAUCAUGGUUAUAUCAGUCUUUCUUUACAAACGUAAACUGCGUACUCGAACCGCCUAUUUUCUCACGAGCCUUGCAUUGUCGGACAUCAUAGUAGGGAGUGUAGGUGUCCCUUCAUUCAUAUACGUCGUCGCCAAAUCAGUGGAAUUUCCAAGCUUUGUUUAUAUUCUGUGGAACACUGUCGACGUUUUAGGUGCAACAGCAUCCAUUUGGCAUUUAAUGAUGAUAACUAUUGAGAGGUUUUAUGCCAUAGGUUGGCCCUUCCUUCAUCGUGCCUCCUCAAAAAAACCGUAUUUCUGCGUCAUCUGCUCAGUCUGGAGUGUAUCUGCAGCAUUGUGCAGCAUUACUGUAAAAACAGCAUCGAGUUGGCAUUAUUACACGCUUUUCAUCUCCGUUGUGUCUUUUAUUUGGCCUUUAUCGGUAAUUAUUAUUGUCUACAUAGCCAUGUUUGUCACUGCAUCAAGGAGUGUUUCUCAAAACCACCGGCAAGUGCGCAGAGCCGAAAGGGAAGCCCGUAUCGCUAAAGCAAUUCUGCUUGUUAUAGGCUGUUUUCUAGUUGCUUGGGGUCCUUUUUUUGGCCUGAACUUUGCAUACUGGGCGUGUGGUACAUGCGUAGAUAUCAAAUACGAAGUUAUUCUUGCAUUUAAGGUUCUUCAAUAUAGUAGCUCGCUUGCGAAUCCUGUCAUCUACACUGUACGACUUCCUGGUUGUUAUCAAGCCAUCGUGGAGCUGUAUGGGAGCUGGUUAAGAUGCAGAAAGUUGAAUCGCCAGGAGGACCAGGAAUAUCCACUAACUUCCUUUAGGAAUGCUUCUUCCAGUAGAUUAAGUGAGAAUGACAAUGUUUCUCUUUUUAGGUUUUCUUGGCGAAGGAAAUCGUCUGUUCGUAGAAUAAAUUCAUUCAACAUGACAGCGAACGGGAAAACUUCGAAGAAAUUACGAAAAUCUAAAAAUAAGACGUUUUCUACUGUAGUUUAG